AUGUUGCCACCUUCCCCUCGUGAAGUGAGGAAGAUUUUGCAAAAUGCCGACCCUGCAGCCCAGAUUCCAGAACAACUCCUUGGAAGUCUCGCAGACGCAAUUGCUGCCCCCGGCCGAAUAGAAAUCACGCAUACCACUGCAUGUUUAUCUUGCGGCAAGGCUAUGGCCAAAUACACCGCAGUACCGUGCCAUGUGCUCACAUGUAGUGGCUUGGCAGAGGCUACACAUGCUGCCAUGGUGUGCAGUCGCCGCAAGUGUCCCAUGCGAAACAAAUAUGUUUGGUCUAACUUUGUAGCUCAUGAAAAAGGCCGUCAUACUUGGAGUGCUGCCACGGCCCGGCAAGAUGUAGCUAUGUUGACGACCAGGUUUGGGGUCACUUGGGAAUGGCACGCUCAAUUUACCAGACGCAUAGUACAUCAGCAUGCUUCUUUCCUUGGCGAGUGCCGGGCACACAACUUUGCCAAUCAUGGGGUUCAACAUGGUCACGAAAAGAUUGCCAAUGCGUGGAUGAAGCUGCAGCUAUUGAAGAGAUGGCCAGAUAUUAGUGAUCAGCCAUUCCCUCUCAGUGACCCUUUCGCAGCAAUUUUGCACCAACAUUUGGCAAAGUACAAUGCCCUCGUCUCUGACCUCUUGCUCAGAUCUGCUGGAACACCCCUUGUUGCAAUCAUUGACGGUAACCAAAAGAUGACAAGACGAACCUGCUGCGAGCAGAUGGCAGACCUCCGCUCCAUCGCUGGUGGUGAUCUUUUGUAUGUUCAAGAAUGUGACAAGACACCAGGGCGUAAGCGCUCUUUUUGUCACACCCAUGACAGGCCUGCCUCUGUCGACUGCGGGGUCCGCAUCUUCAAGAAGCAUUGCGUAGCCAGGGGUCCACAGGAUUUGCUGCGGUCCAAACCUGCUGGUAUGGUCGACUUGGCAUGGCCGCUUCACGAUUGGAUUCGUGCCCAGAUUCAUAUCCAGUCCAAGCCUAGCCAGACCAAGGAAACAACCGAAGAUCUUGACAUAGCAGAAGCCUGUGAUUUUGUCACCUGUAACACUGCGAAGAUGUCCAAGAGAGCCCGUCGUCGAUCAGGCGGCUGGCUGGUGGCAUGCAACGAGACGGGGGGCGUUAUCGGCUUUCAGGAAUUCUUUGGCGGUGAGAGCCUGACGCAGAGAGCUGCCUUUGUCAGCACAUUGGUGCACAAAUAUGAUUCUAUUACCACGAUAUGUCAUGACGAUAGCUGCCACCUGAGAAGGUUCAUGGACCGCUGGUUCUCAUCCAUUCCUCGCUUGGAAGUCGCCGCAGAUCCUGACGAUGAACAUACGAUUGAGUACGCCUUCAACCUGCCAGAUGGCGUCCCCAGUCGCUUUCGCUAUGAGUACCAUGAGGGCCAGCCUCUUCUCCGAUUCCGCGUGCCCAACCGCACGGUUGAAGCCAACGAUGACUUUGCUUUGACAGCUUGCGCUCUGCGGGUUGCUUCUCGUUUUGCCGCUCCGCAUGCUGUCAUUGAGUUUACGGAUGAAGGGAAGGCUGCAUUCCUUGGCUACCAGACAUUGCUCAAUGUGCGUUCAAAUGUGCAAGUCCACCGCGACCAUGUAUUGCGGGCUUGGAAGCUUCUGCAGAUUCUGCACAUUAUGCGAGACUAUUGGAGCAACACUGAAGAGGAUGGCGCCAAAGGAAUCGUUCUACCUCCUGCUUCUGCUGAUUUGCAGAGCCGUGUGCCGGAACACAUCAAAUGCCCACAGUCACAGGGGCUUGACCAUUUUCCAGCAACUCAAAGAUUUGAACCCAAGCCUGAGAUCCCGUCGGAAGACGAAGCCACGCCCACACCCAAGGAGUGCCUCACCGGCAAGGCCUUUGACGCUGCUAUGGCAAAGGGCUACAACGAUGCUGGCCUUUCCGUCCAGCUGCCGGCCUCUUGGAUGUCUGACAGGGACAUCUUCCGCAGAACCGUGCUCAGAGGCAAGAUGGAAGUCACGUAUGGAGAUUUGUCCCUCCGAAAAACUGAGACCCUGGAUGAUGGGAAGAAGAAAAAGUGGCAGUGUCCAAGGACACAUGGGAGCAAGUCGUCAAAGCUGCCUUGGCCCUUUACCCCAUUGGAAAGCUUGAAGCUGCAGGAACCUCCAAGUCCAAGCUUGUCUUCUCUCAAGUUCCUACGCAGAAUGCGAAGCGAGUGGCCUUCCACAACAUGCUCGUGGAUUCCUGCCAAGUCUCAGUGCGCCAGUGGUGCGACAGCUUACAAAAAGAAACUGAUCGAGUUGCCAGUCGGAAACGGAAGCAGGGCGAAACAACAGAGAAGCCCGGGGACGAGGAUUAGUUCCUUGCGAAAUUCCGGUGUUUCCACACUAGCAUGGGUGAAGACAGCUUGCAGAAGCCACUGCGCAGCUGCUGUGUCAAAUACCUCGAAGACAGUUUAG